GGCAAACACCAUUUAUCUAGUAGCAGUGCUGGUAACUGAACAGAUCUGCUUUAUCGAUUUGUGCGUGUGCCGCAUUUGUGAAGUACGUGUGUGUGUUUGAAUAAAUGUCAAAUGUUUGUCGUAAAUACAUCAUGGCGGCUUGUUAUUGAACGAAAAAAAAACUCAAUUGAACGACAUAAACGGAUUUUUCUCGGAUUCGAAUUGAUUGUUUGGAAAUUAUUUGAUUGUUAUAACGAAAUCAAAAAGCCUGAGUAAUGAGUGUGAGUGAAAACGAUAACGAUAAAACCAUCACCAACAUUCCAAUCAAAGAAGAAAUAAAUGACAAUUUGAUCAGCAUGGAGAAGCUGGAUCCCGGUUCACCAGAGACAUGGCCUGAAAAAAGUGUGAAUGAAUUUGCCAAACUCAACUCAAUCAGUAACCGAGAAGAAGUUCCAUCUUGGACACAAGGCCUUUCGCAAGAAGACAUAAAUUCGAUGCACCAGUUGGGCGCCCUAUCACAAGCCGGCCUGAUUGCUGAAAUCAAGAAGCUAUACGAUCAGGCGUACCAAUUGGGUGUCGAAGAAGCGCGUGAAAUGACCAGAGGCAAAUAUCUAAACAUAUUCUCACAAAAUAACCGCAAAAAAUGAGCACAUGAACACACACCAGAGAUAGAAUCAAUACCUGCCGUUCGGCCACCAUUCGCAUAGCUUUUAAGGUCUGACAAUGUUGUAGUAGCGUGUUUGUUUAAGUAUCGUACAAAAAAAAAAUUUAAUUCAACCUCUUUGACAUAAGACCAUUUUGAAUGUAAAUGAAGGAAAAAAAACAACAAUAACAAAAAGAAAACAAAAAAAACCAUAUUUUUAAUUUAGUAAAUACAUUUAUUUUAAUAAAGUUUAUUUAUACAAAAAUCGA